UCUGAACUCUCAAUUAUUUUUUUCUCUUGUGUCAAGAUGGAGCCGUGCGAGACUAUCGCGGCGUUGAUGUGAGCCCCAUGGGUGUGAUUUCGCCCGCACGGGGUUUCGAUCAACGUUCCACGCGCUCCGAAAACACUUGACCGUCAUGGAAACCAGCGCCGGACUCAGGGACAGCGACGUGCGAGCCGAAAAUGAGGCUCUCAAGCAGGAACUGGAGCGGCUCCAUCGCGAGCUCGCCCAGACCAGCCACGAAAAGAUCCAGUCGGCACAGUACGGUCUCGUCCUGCUCGACGAAAAGCAGGCCCUGCAGCAAAGAUGCGACGAGCUGGAAGCCAUGUACGACACCACCAAGCACGAGAUGGAAAUACUUAAAGAGGCCCUCGCCAAGGUGCAGACAAGUCAGAAAGUGUCCACGACCACAGGCAUCGAACAGGAAGAGAGCCUUCUCCAGGAAACUGCAACCAAGGAAGCUUCACUCACCUCGUCUCUCCAGGAAUUGGAAAAGGAACUGAAACAGGUUCGCCAGGAACUCAGUCGGGUGCUGGCCGAAAAGGAGCGCCUCCAGAAUGAGAACUACGAGAUAAUGAAGCAUGGCGAUGUGUCGGACUGGGAGCGCAAGAACCUGCGCUCGGAGCUGAAGGACAUGAAGCUCAGGGAACAAAGGCUGCUCACUGACAACAACGAACUCGAGGAAGAGAACAUCUCGCUACAAAAGCAGGUCUCGUCGCUGCGGUCAUCACAGGUGGAAUUUGAAGGUGCCAAGCACGAGGUGCGUCGCCUCAAGGAAGAGGUGGAAUCCCUCAAUGCCCAGCUCGAGGAACUAGGCUCGCUGCGUCGCAUCGGCGAGCAGCAGCUGGAAGAAGCGUUGGAAGCGCUCCAGUCGGAGCGCGAGCAGAAGUACGCCCUCAGGAGGGAGCUGGACCAGCGGCUGACGGCAGAGUCGCCUGUGUUCCACCUCGACGGGCUAUCCUUCGCGGGCUUCCGGCUUGGAAAUGCCAAUCCAGAUGAGAGCAACCGUGUUGAAGACGAGGAUGGUGAUUCGGGUGCACCAGUGCUCAAGCAAAUUGAGGCAGACUUCAUCAAUCAGCCUAUGGAGCAAAAGGGAGAAGGAUCCACAACCUGUCGGCCAUCUACAGUCGGCGACCUCUUCAGCGAGCUGCAUCUCACCGAGAUCAGGAAGCUCGAGAAGCAGCUUGAACAGCUUGAGACUGAAAAAGGCCACCUAUCUGGUAUCUUGGAGGAUGCGCAGCAACAACUGGAGAAGCUGCGCUCAAUACCCGGCGGAGACCAGAGGCUUGUCCUGGCAAGGCUGGUUGGACCAAUUCGGACGCUCAUCGCCUUGCAUGGCGAGGAAGUGGGCACUGACGGCGCUGAGAAUGGUGUCGACGAUGUGACCAGGCUGCAAAAGCUCCUGGACAAGCACGAACAGCGCUACCGUAAGGCCCUUCAGCAGAUCGCCCAGCUUCAGGCUGAGCUGGAUGGCAUGACGGAUGGUGUCGAUGGGGAAGCAGACACAGUCAUGAGCGGAAAGCUGCGUGACGAGAUUGCCAACCUGAAGAACAAGGUUCACGACUAUGAACAGAUAAUGGCGGAAAUAAAGGAGGACCUGAGUGUCGUCAGCGAGUUCACAGACGAAACGCGCAAUAGGCUGGGCGCUGCGCAGGAAGAACUCCUGGCAGUUUCAGAGGACCUAGCGCAGCUGUAUCACCACGUGUGCACUGUGAACGGCGAGACGCCGAGUCGUGUUGUUCUAGAUCAUGCAAAAGGCUCUCGGCCUGGAGAGGAAUCGGAAAGCCCUGUGGCCAUUGAGGAUGCGCCUUCUUCAGAGAAGGCACCUGCCGACAGCUCUCCAAUCGAAAAGCUCAAAACGGAAUUGUUCCGACAGGCAUUGCUUCGCGAGAACGCCGUCGACCCGUCGCAAUGCGCCACACUCAGCGAAACCCUUCGCGACCAAGUGCGGCAUCUGCGUGUUGCCGUGGAGACGACCAUGGAAAUGGGUCGCAGCCGCGCUCCACCCAUCGGCGACGGCAUGGCCGGCACUGCCGAAGAGGAAGAGCUCCAGGAGCAGGUGAUCAAGCUCAAGUCGCUCCUGUCGACGAAGCGUGAGCAGAUCGCGACUCUCCGUGCCGUACUCAAGGCCAACAAGCGGACCGCCGAGGUGGCUCUCACUAACCUCAAAUCAAAGUACGAGACCGAGAAGGCAGUGGUCAGCGAGACCAUGUCGAAGCUCAGGCACGAGCUCAAGUCGCUCAAGGAGGAUGCUGCAACGUUUGCCUCAUUGCGAGCGAUGUUCGCAGCACGUUGCGAAGAGUACGUCGCCCAGCUUGACGACCUCCAGCGGCAGCUUGCAGCCACCGAGGAUGAGCGCAAGACCCUCAACUCGUUGCUCCGCAUGGCAAUCCAUCAAAAACUUGCACUCACGCAGAGGCUCGAAGACAUGGAGAUGGACCGGGAGCGGUCGCACAUGCGCAGGCACACGGGCACGCCGCGACGCGGCCCCUCGCAGCAGAGCGGCUCGUCGGCGCAGCAGCAGCAACAGCAGCAGAGAGGCAGUCCCCACCACUCUUCGUUGCCGUUCUUCGGUUACGGCGGCAGUCACCAGCGUAGGGACUACUGAAUGCGGGAAGCUGCAGCAAUGAUCGACGCACAAUUCGAGCAGCACGCUCCGUGCAGCAAUUAGGACAGGCAUUGCACCAGGAUAGCUGCCUUGACGAGUCGGAGCACAGCCAACAAAACAGCUCUCCCGAUGUCUUGCAGAUGGCUGUCCAUGGCUGUUGAACAGGCUGCCGAGAUAUAAAAGGGAAACAUCGAGAACGAGUGGUUUUCCUUACUUGGGCAGCUUGUGCAAAAGCUGAAAAUCGGUAGCUGCUAUUUCUUCAUGCUAUAAACGUAAUGCAAGGGCAGCUGAUAGACACUGCUCCCUCUACAAGCCAUCAUAGAAACGACUGAUAUGAAUUUUAUACUAAAACAAGUAGAUGGCAUCUACCAUGAGGCGCUCCAUGAAGAUGUACGGCAGUCAUGGCCACCGACUACAUUUUCCGAUUGAGACGACGGAGUGAUCUUUUUCCGGUUGGUGAUUGGGAGGUAUGGCUCGGCAAGAAGUCCUUGGCUUCCGCGGGGUAGUGCCAGCAUUAUCUGGCAAAGCUCGGUGCUCGCUCUCAUCAUUCUGAAGACGUGCAUCGUAGUUCGACACAGACUGAAACUACUUGUUUUUAAGUCGUGCUUACGUCAACAUUCAUGCGUGAUCACAGCUAAAUGCGAGACAGACUCAUUCCGGCCCCUCUUUCAGACCCUUCUAUCAGCAUGAUGGGAAUGAGUGCAAGCAAAAAUAAGUGCGACUUUUUUCACAAAUGCCCUGAUAUUCCCAGUCAUGAUGAAUCUGUCCAAGGUGCGUUACAAUGCUUCGGUGUUUUUCCGAAGUCUUGUCGUCGAAUGAGUCCACGACAGUUUAUGUCAUUUCAAAACCAUCCUGCGCUGGCUACUUUCGAAGAUUGUUUGAAAAGAACCUUCAAAGCGAAAUUUUGCGCCAGGGUUGAAGCAGCUAUUUUUCACUCGCGCAGCAGCUGAAAAGUGUUUUUGCUAUUGUGUUGGGAUGUUGUGCAAAGCGACUAGACGUCCACGGGACUGAAGGUUAUUCAGAUUGGGCUUCUUUGGCACUGCGUCAGCCGAACAUGGCCAGCUGGCUGAGCUACUCGGGUGCACUGUCUUUGGCCGUUACGCCGCCCACUACUGUUGCUGUUAAUAGGCUUAAAUAAUGCGUAUGCUUCGCGAGAGAGAAAUGUGUGGUGGGUUCGUACUUAAAUGGGGUGUCGGCAAGAUCGACAUUAUCGAGAGCUCUGGGUAGGUGGCAUAUCCUGUUUUGACGUUAAUACGGAAAUUUACGGUGCCGCCAAUUCGCCCUGUCGCUUCACCGUGCAGUAUUUUUUGAGUGGAUAACAGGUAGCACUUAGCAUAUUGAGACACCUGCACCCUUCGAUUUCGUUUUAUUCCCACGGUGAACACUUGUCCAUGAUCAGCAAUCACAGAUGUUCAUAGGAGUAAUUUUUAUUUUACUUGUCCCAUAUUAUGGAAUUGAGUGCAUUCCAGUUGAGGGGAGAGCUAGGGAGGGCCAAGGCCAAUGCCAAAGUGGUAUUUACAAGUGUGUGUGUGAAUCGUGUUAAUAUAAUUAAAAUAUUCCGUUUUAUAUUUACGUAGGUAGCAUGUGUUACAGUUUGUCGUCCAAUUUUAUACGCAAGUUCACGUGUUGGAAGAAAUGAGUUUACUUUUCGGCUAGGUACCAGUAGCAUUUCCCUUUUUACUUUUUUUUUUUUGUGGGAAAAUUUCUUGUAUCGCCUGUGUACCGACGAUGGGCAGCUUAUACCCUUCCCCCUAUUAAUGAUUUCCCUAGUGACUCACCGGCAUUAUUUGGUGGCAGCUUACGCGUUAAGGAUGAUUGUACAGUGGUAGUGUUUGCACUUUAUUUCUUUUACAUACAGUUGCGCUAGCCAUAGCUUAGCUAGUUUUAUAGUGUAUGGAGAGCAAAUGAAUUUUGUGUGCAGCUUGAAGUUUCUUAUGUUCGUUUUUAGCUCUGCUCACUAGCACGCACUGUUCAUUUUGGAGCUAUAAAAAUGCGCUGAGAUUCCCUGUUGGCUAAUACUGUAACCAAUUAAUCAUAAGUUAUCUUACAUGCUUGCCUCUAAUGAACUGUUUGGAAUACGUGUAAUACGUAUUAUGUGUUUGAUAGUUUCAGUCAAAGUGAUACCUCGGGCGCCUGGCACCUCAUGUUGUUGGCAGUGUGCUUUGGUUCGAAUGUAAAAGCUGGAAUUGAAGGACGAGGUUUGCAUCGGAACAUGUUUUCCCGAGGACCGCUUCCCGUUUUUGCAAUGAUCUGUGCAACUGCAUUUGAACUGUUUCUUUUGCGAUACGGGCAAUCCGCUGCAGCUACGACUUUUUAUUCCGAUCAGCCGCACCCUCCUAGACUAGUUAAUUAAAACGAAUUUUACUGAUGCCAACAGCCUGAGCAACUACGCGAGUGUGUGCUGUGCAUGUAGUGGAACUAUUAAAAGUGCCUAACUACUGACUGUGCCUUCCCAUGUCCCACCUCCCCCGGUCUUUUUUGAGUUUGUACAACUGUUCUUUUGUCUCCCGUCUCCCCUGAGGCUUGAAUGAUGUGCAGUUGAGUGUUUCUAGAACGGCAGUACUACUUGUUGUAAAGAAGAGAGGUACUGAUUACCGAGGAUAUUGUGGCUUUGUUUUGGGACACACCGCAUGCAGUGCUUCUGCAUGGCCUUGUUGAAAAAGUGGAAGAAUGGAAAUACCGUCUGGAGUUGGCCGUCCUGCUGUGUUUUUUUUUUUUUUUUUGGCAUUGCAGGGCGCACCGACCAAGUUUUCGUCCAAAAUGUAGCGUUAUUUUUUUUUUUCUGUCACUGUCUCUGUGGACUCUCUUGAGAACUGCUUGCUUUGGAGUGGUGUGUUUAUUUAUAUUUUAUGCAAAAUAAAAACUACAAGGUGCUUGUUGUGAGGUGACAA